UUCUCCUGGAGGACACACAGACACACACACAGGGACCUAUCAGCAGCAGGGACAGAGUGUGGACGGAUCAUGGACUGGACUCAUGUCAUGUAACCUUCUGUGCUGUGGAGCAGUUUGUGUGGAAUCCUGUGGCAAUGACAGAUGGAGGAGGAGGAUGUGUGCAGGGUGAGGAGGAGGAAGAGGAAGAGGAGGAGGAGACAGUUUUGUCCUGGGGCAGUGGAGUCUGUAAGUGGUUUAACGUGCGAAUGGGUUUCGGCUUCCUGUCCAUGAAGAUCAGGGAUGGAUCUGCUCUGGAGCAGCCGCUCGACGUCUUCGUCCAUCAGAGUAAACUGCACAUGGAGGGAUUUCGCAGCCUCACAGAAGGAGAAUCAGUGGAGUUCACCUUCAGAAAAUCCUCUAAAGGACUGGAGUCUGUCACAGUAACUGGACCUGAUGGAGCUCCGUGUUUGGGGAGUAAGAGAAAAGCCACAAGUUCACAGAAACGACGCACAAAGGCCGACAGAUGCUACAACUGUGCAGAAGUCGGUCAUCACGCCAAACAAUGUCAGAUGCCUCCUCAGCCAAAAAGGUGCCACUUCUGCCAGAGUGUUUCCCACAUGGUGGCCAGUUGUCCAAUCAAAGCACAACAGCAGCAGCAGCAGCAGCAGCAGCAUCAUCAGCAGCAGCAUCAGUGAUGAGAAGGGAACGUGACAACAUGACAAUGAAUGUGAGGAAUCAGUGAUGAGAAGCAAAGCCUUUGCUCGUCAACAGUGGUGCGGGAAAAAAAUGGCACAAAAUUUGGAGGUGAGUUUUGACACUUAACUUGACAUUUACACGGUGCUCAGGGGAGGAAAAGAAACACGAAAGUUUAACACUUGUGGUGUUUUGAAGAUCUGAUGGUAAACAUUGACAGUUUACAGUGCUAUUUUAUACACACAUUCUGAUUUUUUUUUAUUUUAUCAAAUUUUUUACACGGAAUACCCUUCAUAUGGACUCUCUAUAAACAAUAGUGA